AUCUCAUCAUUUUGACCUCAAGAAAGGUCAUUCCGUAGGUAGGCCGCUAUAAAAGUGCCGGUUACACACGCCCUCAGCCAUUUCAAAAUCGCUAGCUCUCGCGCAAACACUUGAGCAAGGGAAUUCAUCAAUUGUUGCCAACAGAUUUUAAUAAAAAAAAAAACAUGGGACGUAUUUCUAACUUUUUGAUUGCUGGUUUAUUCGCUUUCUGCACUGUUGUGUUAGGCCAACACACAUCCUCUCAACAGCAUGGUCAGCAGCAACAACAACAUCAUUCUCCAGCAUACCUCAUUCCUAGUCCUGUCACUAGACAAUCAGGUCUAGGAGGAGCAUUGAGUGGUCUUGGGGGUUUCGGAGGUGGACUUGGAGGUGGUGGAGGACUUAGCAGCCUCCUUAGUGGAUUAGGUGGUCUUUCUGGUUCCUCCAUGUUGUCCACAGCUUUGCCACUUUUGAUGGUUGUAGGCCUGGGUGCGAUGCUAUUGCCUGUGUUGGGCGGUGCCUUCUUCCGUGAAAGUCAAAAGAGAGGGCUGCCCAGUGUAAGCCCUGCAUUCCUAGAAGGCGUUACUGACAUUCUAGAAAAAUUUAUCAAAGCUUUAGACAAUGUAGAAAAGAAGUACUAAGCCACAAUCUUAUCAGGAGAUGUAUAGGUAGGACAGAAGAGCUUUUCAAUCAUGCAAGAAAACCAUCUUCUGAUAUUCAAGUUCCAUUUCUUUUGUGACGUCAUUCCAUAGCCUUGACGGCAGGGACUGUUUCAUCAUUGUAAUUUAUAUUACCCUCGGACCAAGCGGGUCUUGCUCCGUUUUUUUUUUUACAAAACAGUAUUUAUAAAUAAAUGUUUCAUAAUCAGUUUUUUAGUAUGGUAAUAUUUAAAGAUUUAGGAUAUAGUGUUUUUAAUUAAAUUUCUUAUAUUUAUCGGAAAACAUAAAUACGUUUGAAAUGAGCAAGUGGUUCUGUGCAAUAAUUUUGUUAAGCUGCUUUUGCUUGUGCUUAAUGUCUAUGUUACUUUAAUUUUGUGACGUUUAGGGUCCUUAGCCAAUCGCUUUUUUUCUUCUAUGUGGAAAUGGCUAGUUUUGCUUCUGCUUAGUUUAAAAAUAAAAUAAUUUAAAUGCUGGUAAGCUUUUGCACGUUAAAACUAGGGCUACCAUUCUAUUACUUCUACUUGUACAUAUUAAUCAUGAUUUUGCUUUUAAAAAUGCUUAUUGCUUUAUGAAUAGUUGCAUUUCUUACUGUUUCGUCCACUAGAGCUUGUAGUUAGUAGUUGCUUUGCUUUAAACGCUUUUAGAUCUGCUCUAAAUUUAGUUGCUUGCUUGCUUAAAUCGCAGCAAUUGUUCUUUAAUUAAUGUUGCGCUCACUCAUGCUAUUGUUUUUGUUUUCUAUCUUUAAACUGCCUUAUUUAUUGUACAAUGCUAAGAAAAUAUCCAUGCAUCAUGUUAGUAUUUAUAGAUGUAAUCAGUUUUAAGUGAUUUUUUAGAAUUUUGCAUAUUUUCUUGUGUCGAUAAACUUUUUAAAUGCAAUCUAGAAGUUAAUAUCGUUGAGCGAAAUUAACUUCCAGAAGAUAAUAAUUAUUAAAAAGCAAUAAGCAAUGUUAUUAUACGAAACUGAGCAUUUUGAAUCGAAAUCAUUUUAAAACGGUUUGCAUCGGUAUUUAUUUGUCAAUGUCUGUGAUUGUGUACAAUGUGUUUGUCUUCUUUGAAUUUAAUAGAAUAGCCAAAUGUGAAAUUGUGUGAAUUCUACAAAAAAAUGUAUAGUGGUAAUUAAUAAAUUUUUCAAAUGAA